ACACGUGCGAAUAAAACCUUCGACACUGAAAAAACUAGUAUCUUAACCCUUAAACGUAUAAGAAGCUUUCAUAAGCAAAAGGAUACAAAGCUAUACCUUCUUGUAGGCCCAAGAAAGAAAGAACUUUAGAGUUCCUAUAUCGUGAAGGCACCGAUACAACAUAGCAAAAUAUGAAUCCAACAUUAAUUUGUCGCGUGUGCUAGGUUCGCCUUCUUCGUCUAGGAGAAAAGAAACUUGUUGUGAAUUUUAUAUCCCUUUUCGAACGCGCUUUUAUAAUGAACAAAAGAAUUCAUAUUCAUCAGCAGGACUCGAAUAUUAAUCCAUAAAGCUUUCAUGCGAAAAGAAAGAACAAGAAACCUUAACUCGUGGAGCUGCUUUCAUAUUUUUAGCAGCUGGUGUAGUUCAUUUAUGUUGAAAUGACAAACAGCAACAACAACAAUUGGCAGACGGAUAAAAAUGUUUCUGGAUCAAAGAAUAACCGAACGGUUGAUUUCGAUUGGAACAGAUCAAUAUCGGAGCCCGACUUAACAGAUGCAUCUUUGUCAAUUGAUCGGUUUUUCAUUCGCCAUAUUCACGAGCAUGUUUCAGUUGACGAUCUAAAAUAUUACAGACGUAAAAAGCCACCAGAUUCUCAUACUCGCAGUACAAUUUGUUUAUAUAACGAAGAUGAACCAGUGCUUCCAUUUAGCUGCUUCAAAUCAGAAUAUACGAAGAAAUUUUGUAUACCAAAACAAACACCAUCUAGCCGAUGUUUGUUAAGAAGAUCCACCUCAUUGCAUCUUGAAGGUUCAAUGAACACAAAGUCCGAACAACAAUCACAAUAUCUUCCAUAUUCUCAAGAAGAUAUCCAAAGCUGCCGAGUAUAUCCCAUUAAAAAUCCCGAAUCUCUACAUUUCAUUGGUGAGACUGAGAUGACUCUCGGAGAGUAUCGAUCAUCAUUUAUUUCGUAUCCUAUGGUUGAUCGAACAGCAUCUAUAUUACCCCGAGAAGCCUUUAAGGUUUCUGAAGAUGAUAAAACCACCAAAUCAGUAACUGCAUUAGACAAUCGUCCAAAGAGGGAAUUGAUGGCUUCUCGAACGAAAACCCAAUUGAGCAUGGAGGGGGGAUCAUCGUUCGCUCCAUCAGAAUAUCGACGUCAAUAUGUCGAAUUUCGAAUCGAGAAAGCUCACUCCAUACCCCAGUUGAGUCAUAUUAAGAUCCAUGGUGACUUCAAGGGUAUCCCAGAGUAUCAGGACAACUAUAGAAUGUACGACAGCUAUUCCAAAAGUGCUCCCAUAAAGAAAGCCGACAAUUUAACAAUAUCGGGAGAAGUGUCAUGCUCCAACGAAGUUCCAGAAUAUCGAGAAAAAUUCAAAAACCCACUCAAGAUUACUGUGGAGAAGCCUCUCAAGACUCAGGAUCACCUCCAUCCGAGAGGGGAAUUCACCAAAGACGUCCCCGAAUAUUUUGAAAGUUUUCGUGAUCCCCAAGUUAAGGACAAGCCCGAAAGAGGAAAAUGUCGUGAGCCCUAUCUGCGUCUCAAGGGAAAACUUGAAUUCAAUCCGGAAUAUCGUAGUACUUAUUUGGAUUUUCCAAGAUCUCGACCAGUUGUCAAGAAGGCUACUUCAUCCAUCCGCCUUCAAAAAAACACAUCACCACGAAGAAAAUUCAAAUCAAGCUCACCAAAUCGUUAUGUCGAGAUCGAUCCAACACUGCCAUUGACCCACCAGCCAGAGUACCGUCGAGCACAGUAUAACUAUCAAAUACGAGAAAGAACACCACCGAAAAGACUUGUCGACACUUUGACUCAACAAACGCCAGCGUCUAAGGCCAAGGGGAGGGAAAAUAUGAACUUAAAUAACAAGACACCUCAGAAACGUCGAACUUCUCGACAUGGUCAAACUACGGUGGCACCACCAAUCGGCGAACUUAAAGCGAAGCAGGAAAGUUUCGAAAACGUUGGUUCUUCCAAGAAACUAGCCAAGUUCGGCAGAAGAGCUUCCAUUACGCAUCCAAGCACGAAUGCCAGAGAUAAAGUAUCGAUAAUUGAAGGUAAUGCAAAGUAUUCAACCAAAAGAUCAAACAAUGAAGUCUUGGUUCCGAGUAGACGAGACAAAAAUAAGGAAUCUUUUGUCGUUUUGAAGGAACCAUGUCGGAAGAGUGCUUGGAUGAAGAAAUCAUGGUAUGAAUCGUAGUUCUAGAAAAGAAAAUCAAAAUUAAAAAUAAUUAUUUUAUGUAAAAUAAAUUGUGCUUAGGAGUUAAGUAAAUAUUUAAUUGGAA